GAUUAACUGCGCUACAAAGGGCUUCAAAUGAGCUGCGUGUUGUUGCUGGCUUUGUUGUGAUUUGUUAUCUAAGUGGAGUCACCAUGCAAAUGGCUAACGUGAGAAAGGGAUCGUCAUUUAGAUGGCGAUCUCUUUGAUGAUUGUUAGUUUAAGUUGCUAACAUCUCAGGUGGGUUUAAUUGGCUGCCAGGAGCUAUCACGAGUUUGCGUUGCUUGUUUGUCUGGUGCGCGUAUUUGGUACAUAGGUCGACAGCUCUAAGCUUUGCCGACCAGAAGCUCACAAAAAUGAAGAAGCAACCGGGACCAGUCCAGAUCGUCACUGUCUGCAAGGAAGAGCAUUCCUUUGCCUUGGACACUGAAGCGUUGGCCCAGGUUCUGUUGGCACCUGAGGUCCGAGACAAGCAUGUGGUUGUUCUGUCAGUGGCUGGAGCCUUCAGGAAGGGGAAAAGCUUCCUGCUGGAUUUCAUGCUCCGAUACAUGUACAGGAAGGAUGAUGACAACUGGCUGGGGGAGGAUGAUGAGCCGCUCACUGGAUUUUCUUGGAGAGGAGGCUCAGAGCCGGAAACGACCGGCAUCCAGCUCUGGAGUGAGGUCUUCCCUGUCCAAAGGAGUGAUGGGUCUGAGGUUGCCGUAGUGUUGAUGGACACUCAGGGGGCUUUCGAUAAUGAGUCCACUGUGAAAGACUGCGCCACCAUCUUUGCUCUCAGCACCAUGACCAGUUCCAUACAGAUCUACAAUCUGUCGCAGAACAUUCAGGAGGACGAUCUGCAGCAGCUCCAGCUCUUCACUGAGUACGGGCGUCUGGCCAUGGAUGAAAUCUUCCUCAAGCCCUUUCAAUCUUUGAUGUUCCUCAUCCGGGACUGGAGUUUUCCCUAUGAAUACACUUACGGCUUCAAGGGAGGCAAUGACUUCCUGGAUAAACGGUUGCAGGUGAAGGACGCUCAACACGAGGAGUUGCAAACCGUGAGGGAGCACAUCCAUUCUUGCUUCACCAAGAUUUCCUGCUUCCUUUUGCCUCACCCGGGGUUGAAGGUCGCCACCAACCCUUCUUUUGAAGGUCAACUGAAAGAGGUCGCCCCAGAAUUCAAAGAGCAGCUCAGGAGCUUGAUUCCAAAACUGCUGCACCCAGACAAUCUGGCUGAGAAAGAAAUAAACGGCAAUAAAGUCACCUGCAUGGGGCUGCUGGAGUUCUUCAAGGCUUACAUCAAGAUUUACCAGGGAGAGGACUUGCCCCAGCCGAAGACGAUGCUCAUGGCUACAGCCGAAGCUAAUAACCUGGCAGCAGUGGCUGCAGCCAAAGAUCUGUAUUACAAGAACAUGGAGAAGAUUUGUGGAGGAGACCUGCCGUAUGUGGCCCCCGAGUCUCUGGAGGAGAAGAAUCAGUUCUUUUGCCGCGAGGCUGUUCACACCUUUUCCUCCACCAAGAAGAUGGGGGGACAGGAGUUCUGCGACCGUUACCGUGCCCAGCUGGAGUCGGAGUUGGAGGAAAUGUGGCAGUCGUACAGCAAACACAACGAGUCUAAGAACCUCUUCAACGCGUUCCGCACCCCAGCUGUGCUGUUUGUCCUGGUUUGCUUCCUCUACGUUCUCUCCGGCGUGCUGCUCUUCAUCGGCCUGUCCACCUUCGCCCUGGUGUGUGACUGCACCCUGGGCGUGGUCAUGAUGGCCAUGCUGACGUGGGCCUUCAUCCGCUACUCCGGCCGUUACCGGCAUGUGGGAGGAGCCAUUGACCAGGCAGCCGGUGUCGUCUUGGAGCAGGCGACGGUGGCGUUGAACAAGUCGAGGGCGUCGAGCGUCAAGCAGAAAUCCAGUUAAAGGACUUCUGGUUUGGACCCCGGCUCACAGCACAAAGCCCCAUUCAGCACUAGAAGCCUUAUCAUCCCACUCCCUGGACCAAACAUGGCAUUGGCUUACAUUGCAGCGGAGCAAAGACGCACAACAAGAAGAGCACUUUCACCAGCAUCCAAACAUGCUGCCGCCAUUUUACAAGUUUACAUCCAGUCUUAAAACAAACACUUAUGAAACACUGCAGGUGGCUUGAUCAUAAAUUGGCUCAGGCCAAAGUAAAACUAUUUUGUGAAAGAAUGACCAAAAAGCUUGCUUCAAUGUCAGUUUACUCUGCCGCUUCACACCUCUUACUUGGCCUUACAUUCCUAAGUACUAGCUUGCAUCGGUUUGGAGAACAGAGUUGAGAUACGCGCUUUUUACGGAACUAAGCAGAGGCUUUGCUAUUUUCGCUAAUGUGUCUCUUUUUAAAUUUUGAUACUGAACAAAAUACUUCAGUCUUCAUUUGUACUCCAAAGAUGACUCGACUGCUGCAUUGCACACACACCAUGAGAACACCAGAGACCGAGCUCUGUGGAGCUGGUGUAUAAACAACACGGUGUCGCAUGGUUGUGUUGGCAGGAGCAUGAAGGUGGGGGUGGCUACUAACAUUCAGGUGUGUCAGUGUCGGCCGGCAUGCUUCGGUGUAUGCUAACUUGGGGCCACUAUGCAAUUUUGAAUACUUGAUGAUGUCAUUCCAUCUGUAAACAAUUGCUGACUGUUUGACUGUGCAUAGAUCACAACAAAGUGUUUUGGGCUUUGAAGCACGUUCGGUGGCAGGUGGUAUUGAUUAUUCACUUUCCAUGAUAAAUGGAACAUGGAGGCAGGGGGAACAUUUGUUUGCCCUCUAUGUUUGUGUCACACACACACACACACACACACACACACCAAACAAACCAUGCCUAACACACGACAAAUACAGUACCUUCAUGUAGCAUCUCUGCCAGUGUUAAGGGCCACGGAUGAGCACUUUUUCUGUCUUUUCCCACCCGAGGUAAUCCCGGUUUAACAGCGCCAUCUGGUGCUUGAUGCACACGUCUUGUUCCAAAACUCAAUAAAUGCAUGUAAAGUUGUAGUCAUGGCGAUCUCUUGAUGGGGAGCUGUGGCCUUUAGGAUACUGGUUUACGAUAAUAAACAGCUUGGAAAAAGUC